GUACCAGCAUGUGCAUAUUUAUCCCGCACGACCUCCGCUAUAAGCACAUUUUGUUGAUCUAAAUCCAUAGAUAAGAAUUAGAAUCUACUUGGGUUAAAGUUAAACGACUUCUUCGAGCACCCAAGCUUCACGCGUAUCCUACUCCUACACCGCAUUUUCUGUACACAUCGCUUGAUUCCUGUCGCGAUCUUCAUGCCGUCAUCUACAGAACUCCCUGCGCGCCACCAGCCUGCGUUGAUAUUCACUUUUAGAGUCGAACCGUCUCUCGCGAUGCCCGCAACAUCAGUGUCGCUCUUCGCUUCGUCGAGCGGCAUUGUACAUUUUUGAAUUUUCAUUUCUAGAACAAGAAUUAUAGGAUGCAGAUUCUAUGGUGUUUUUGGAAUAAGAAUCGAAGUUGGUCAUGAAAUUUUAGAGGAUUUGAAAUUUCCUGUUGCAUGAUGAAGCAAGCAAAGAAAGAUGUCAACUCAAAAAAUGGUUAAUGGAUGAAGAUCAUCUCAUUUUCGUAUCAUCUUUCUUGUUCUUUCUCCGACAUUUGCAUUGUGGUUUGGCAAAACAAUAACAAAAUCAAUUUUUUUUUAUCCUCAGCCGCGACUACUAACGGUGUGUGACCGCGUCAAUCUUCGUGUGCGCCGUCGAAUAUCUCCUGCGGCGUCUUCCUCCGUUCAUCACAAUCUGUUCCCCUUUUGUCGUCUGCGUACGUACCUCAGCUGACAGCGCUAGAACGCACCAUCUAUUUCAGCAACGGCUUCUCCCGUCAACACCUACAUUGACACUCUCUCGUUUCUCCACAUCCAGGCAGAGCAUGAACAAGGUUUAGGACAGCAUCUAAUGUUGUUGUGACGACCGCACCCCGUCAAGAUCUCAUCUUCUACGUUUUCCACGGAUAUUUUUGCGCACCAUCCAUUUUUUGAUCUUGUUUGAAGAAGUAGACACCUCGUCGGUCUACGUGUACGUCAUCUACGUACGACCAGUGACAUUGUAAACAAGCCUUCAACGAAGAAAACCAAAACGAAAAUGGCCGAAUUUUUGGACGCGGAGACUCGCCGUCUCGCUCAGGAGAGUGAGCGUCAAGGAGGAAAAGUCUUCGUCGGAAACAUCAAAAAGGACGUCGAGAAAGACGAAAUCAGCGAUGUCUUUGAGAAAUUUGGCGAAGUACUACAAUUUACUUACAAGUUACUUUAAUCUUGGACAAGAAGGUGAUGUAGCAUGGUGAAGAUCCUAAAACAUUGUGUUAUACUAGACUUGAGUACAUACUAUUACAAAUGAAUCGAGGUGAAAUUGAAAAUGAAUUCCUUUAUCAAUCUGAUGGUUCUGGUUUAACACUAACACGACACAUUCUAAUUAUAUGCCUAUCCGAUUACAACAUAUGCAGAGCAAAAAUAUGUAUAAAUAUUCUUCCUCAGAUUCUCUCCAUCUGGGUGGCAAAGCAACCGCCUGGUUUUUGCUUCGUGACCUACCGGGAUCCGGAGGAUGCGAAAAAGGCGGUCCAAGAAGUGAACGGCACGGAAGCAUGUACCAUUAGGAUUCGCUGCAUUAGCAAUGAUGAUGGAAGCAGAUAUAAUGAUGUUAGUAGUAGUAACUUAAUAGCGGAACUCAACCGUGUUUACAGCAAAUUCUUAUUUUUGUUUUUUAUUGGUAAGAAGGAGCAAUGCCGCGAUGGUGAUUCUGAACAAACUCUCGCUAUUUCUAUUCGCACAACUGCUACACGAUCACGACUCACAGCAUUUGUUGAGGACAACGGUAAGGGACUCCGCGUCGAGCGCAGUACAUACGCAGAAAAAAAGUGGGACCGUCGCCGUCGUGAGCGAGACGAUAGCCGAGGCCGUGGUCGCUCGCCGCCGCGCGGUCGCCGCGACGAUAGCCGUCGUCGCGGAGGACGCCGUGACAGUCGUGAGAGAGGCCGUGACCGCCGCGGAGGUGGCCGUGAACGCGACUCCCGCCGCAGAAGACGUUAGAUAUUGUGUAUGAAGAAGAGGAUCUUCGUGAACUUGAUCGGCGAAGAUCAUGUAACUAUGAUUUUUAGAUUACGAAAUAGUUUGUUGUAGAUGCAAGGCAGACAAAAAGCAUCUGCCCCUUUUUUUAUUCCUAAAAUCUUUUUACUGUAUGAUGCUGUGAUUCUGUUGGGAGCAGGAACAUCAUCAUGACCAUGAUUACCAGUUUUUCAAUUUCAAGAACUGGUUACCAAUAACCUGCAUAUAAUACAUUUCGGAUUGUUCAUGUGAUUGGUAUGCCUCGUCUGAGAGAUAUGUUCAAAAAUGUUGUCGCCUGCUGUAAUAUUUAUAUGAAAAUUGGAUUGGACAAGAUCUCUUGUUAUUCACGACAAUGCCAUCGCGCUUGGCCAUAUUUUCCUUUGAACUACGAUACCGAGGAUGGAUGAUCGUAGUAGAAUUUAUGACUUGUACUUUCACGCAUGCGGAAGCGGAAGAUGAUCUUCAUGAUUGUGAGACGCCUCUCCGCUACCCGCAUCUUGUUCAUAUUUCACUUCUAGAAGCAUCGAAAUAAACGGAGAAGACCAACAACAUUAUUUUUUUCGAUCUCGAGAUGGAAGCGAUCCUUUGGUUAGUGGCCAGAUAAAGCUGAGGCCGCUCUUUCAGUAGCCC